GUGUGUAGUUUUUAUCCCUCCCCUGAGCAGAUCUUUAUCAAUUUGUGUACUCCUGUCUUGGGGUGCAUUUGAAUGGGUAUCUCUGUGUGUAUAUGUGGCAGAGUUUAUAGGAGGACAGAGUAAAGUGUCUCGGAGCCUGUGGAGAAGGGGAAGAGCUUGGUGUCCAGAGGAGAGGAACCUGCACAAAAAGGGUUUCUGACUGACAACAUUCUCAUUCUGAUUGCCUCCAGCCAACCUUUCGAGGAUUCAAGAUUUGGCUGGACUGUGUGUGCAACCUAAAUGUCGAAGUGGAACUUGUUCAGGCAUCAGACAACACCAAUGGUCGCUGCUCAGACAACGGGGGCUAGUGCCUUGACUGUGACUCCAGCCCCUGUCGCAUUAGUCUCCACUGACAACUCUACCGAACCGGUCAACAAGAACGAUGCCUUCGACGAGAUCAAAAACAAGUUCCUGAAUGAAAUCGACAAGAUCCCACUGCCGUCCUGGGCCAUCAUUGCCAUUGCCGUGGUCGCUGCUUUACUCAUUCUAACAUGCUGCUUCUGCAUCAUCAAGAAAUGCUGUUGCAAGAAGAAGAAGAACAAGAAGGGCAAGAAGGGGAAGGGUGACAUGGGAAUGAAGAACCUGAAAGGGGGAGAGAAACAACAGGACGAAGAUGACGAAGAAGAUGAUGUCGAACCUGGAUUGACUGGAGACGAGAAAGAGGAAGAAGUGAAGGAGAAAGAAAAGCUCGGGAAGCUGCAGUACUCCAUUGAUUAUGACUUCCAGGAGAACAAGCUGGCUGUGGGAAUCCUGCAAGCAGCUGAUCUCCUCUCCAUGGACAGCGGUGGCACCUCUGAUCCCUACGUCAAGGUCUUUGUCCUCCCUGACAAGAAGAAGAAGUAUGACACAAAGGUCCACAAGAAAACGCUCAACCCUGUCUUCAAUGAGUCCUUCACUUUCAAGAUUCCAUUCCAAGAGAUGGGAGGGAAGACUCUGGUAAUGUCCGUCUAUGACUUUGAUCGCUUCUCUAAACAUGAUGUCAUCGGCGAGAUUAAAAUACCCAUGAACACACUUGACCUGGCAAAGGCAAUUGAGGAGUGGAGAGACCUGGACAGUGCAGAUCAAGAAGAGCCAGAGAAGCUGGGUGACAUUUGCAUCUCUCUGCGUUACGUCCCCACGGCUGGCAAACUUACCAUCUGUAUUCUGGAGGCCAAGAACCUGAAGAAAAUGGACGUGGGUGGACUGUCAGAUCCUUAUGUGAAGAUUAACCUGCUGCAGAAUGGAAAGAGGCUGAAGAAGAAGAAGACGACAGUGAAGAAGAACACUUUGAAUCCGUACUACAACGAGUCCUUCAGCUUUGAGAUUCCUCUUGAGCAAAUGCAGAAAAUCCAAGCUGUGAUCACAGUGCUGGAUUAUGACAAGAUUGGCAAGAAUGACGCCAUUGGGAAAAUCUGGGUGGGAAGCAAGUCCACAGGGGCCGGGCUGAAACACUGGUCCGACAUGCUGGCCAACCCCCGUCGCCCCAUCGCCCAGUGGCAUCCACUGCAGCCAGAGGAAGAGGUGGAUGGCGCCCUCGCAGCCCUAAAUGCCAAGAAGUAAACUCCCAACGGAACACAUCGUUCCCACUUCCACCUACCUACCCAUGCAUUUCCCAUCAUUCCCCAGGUCCCACAUAUCAGUGUAUAUUCCAAAAAAACACCCUAACUGUACAUCUGCUCCCUCCACCCCCACUCCUUUCCCUCUGCCACCUUUCAAAAGAUCCAUAGAUACCAUUCAACAUGAUGGGAAAUAUAGUUUAAAAAAAACAUCAUGUUAUAUGAAUUCAUGUCAUUGAAAAAAGAAGACAAGUAACAGGAUGGACAGAUACUCCGUUGAUUUCCUUUAGAUCUAUUUUUGUAUUGGGGUUGUGGUUCCAUUAAUAAGAAUACAGAGUAGACUAUGAAGAACAGUAAGAGUGCUAUAUGGUAAUCUGGUGAUAGAGGGGAUAAAACAUACAUUCACUCAUAUUGUACUUCUCACCCCUUCCCUUUAGUGACACAGUUUGCUUAGAAUAGUGCUUAAUAAUAAAAAUGCUUUAUACUGCCAUAUGAUAGAGAAGUAACACAAGCAGGUCCAUUCCUUAGGUGUAUUAUACACCACGUUCCACACCUGCCAGUUAUCAUACUAGAUGAUUCUGUUAGUUUGAAGUACAUUCCUAGAGUUGGGUAGCAAGUAGGGAUAGGCACAUAUCCAGUUACCCACAAACACACUGCCUUUUUGAUUAGUUAACCUUCCACCCAUCGUCUCAGGAAAACUGAGAGGAAACUGAAACUCCAUGCCUUUUUUUAUAAACGGGUUGUUAUUAUUCAAAUACUCCACUUGAUGAGAAAGAAACGUUGGAUUCAAAAGCUUGACCGCUUGUUUUUUUUCGGUGACGUAAGGCUCACGACUAGUGUUAGUUUAUCCAUGAAAUGGUAUGUCAGGGAACAGGGAGUGAUGGGUUUUCAGUAGUAAAAAAAAAGGGUAUUUGUGUAUUUUUUGACUGUGCAAAAAGGCUGCGUCUGUCAUCUGUACGACAAAAAGUGAGGAAAUAUCAGAGCAGGUACAACAGAGACUGAUUCCAACCACCAAUGACAUGAUAUUUACAAGGUGUCGAUUACUGCCUGCAGUCUACCACCUCCCCUCCCAACGCCUCUGAUUCUGUAUCUCACUUGUUCAGUGCUACUGCCAUUAGUCAUGGACUUGACACAAGGGUUUUACUUCAAAGGAAUCCCUAUAACCGUCUUACAGUCAUAAAGGAGACAAGCCUUCAAAGUAACAAAAUAAGCAAUUUUCAACUUACCAGGGACGCCUUCCAGUUAGCGGUGUUGUUCUCUUCAUUUCUUAUUUUUUCUAUCUCUUUUUCCUUUGAUUUAUCCAAUUGUAUUUAACUUUAUUUAACUUCAAACUCUUUUAUUCCUCAAGCACUUUAAAUCCAAAAUGUUACGUUUAAGUACCCUCAGAAACCAGAGCUUUAAUUAUUUAUGUUAGGAAUAACUGCUGGUUAAAAUAAGAAAAAAGAGCAAGGGAGUGCAUUAUGUACGCAGUUUUUUUGUUGUUGCUUUGUUUCCGCUCAGCUUUUUGUGUAUGUGUUUUGAUUGUUUGAAUAUUACGUUUCUCACUUGAUUGCAAGGAUAUGGUCUGGAAGAAGGCACUGAUCCAUGUGUAUUUUAUACACAGCUUACCAAACUGUUGAAUUUAAUUGCACUACUGGGUAUUAUUCUGUUCUGUGGUAAUUUGACACUGUUCUUUGAUCUGUGUAGUUUUUUUUAUUGAUAAAAUGUUGUGAGAUUGAAUUUUUCUGUGGCAUAUGUGGCAUGCCAGAAAGGUCUCCUCAUAUAAAUGGACUCCUCUGAUACGAAAAGAGACACGUUUCAAUCUAAUGCUGUUCCCUGGCUCCUUCACAGGAUAUAAGUGGUUCAGUAUUUGUAAUUUAAUAUUCUGAUGAAGAGAAAUUUUGAGGAUGAACUUUGUCCAAACUUGUUGGACUCAUUAGUCCUAAAUAAAUUGGUGGAAGCUUAAUUGUUAAUUAAAAUCCUGAUAUGUAAGGUGCUUGGGCCCCACUAUACCUCCUUACAGGGCUAGUUAUUAACUAAAAUCAGUGCUGUCUGUGAGCACCAACAGCAAAAACUACCCAUUGACUAUGUGUGCAAGAAAAUGCCAAGUCAAUCUAAAUCAAAGGUAGACAGUACCGCAACUUUUGGGGGGGAAUUUAAUGAAUGUUGGCUCUUGUAUCUUUCUCUGUUGGAAGUUGUUACACCUUAUUUUUUUAUAACCAACAUAGACCAUGUUCAAAUUUCUGUUUCUCAUAUUUUUUCUUCUGUUGAUGAAGCAGCACUAAAGAAAAGGCAACAUGGAAGCAAUCAAGCAACCCAUUGGUGUGUAGUUUUGCCUAUAUACAUAGUUCAUACACGUUGAUACUGCAUGUUUAUACAAAAUACUGUACAUAAGAGCAUGUUUUAGAGACGAAGCAAAAAUAUCUCGUGUACGUAAAUGGGUGUCAUUUGUCAUUUUAAUAACACAACGAAGGGAAAAAAGAUGCACUGUAUAUUUUCUAAAAUGAAACAAAUGUGUAUUUAUUUUCCAUGAGGGUCAUUGGAGAGAAUGUCAUACAAAUAUUAGAGUACUAUUACUAAUAAGAACCUUUCCACGCCUGAAAUUCUUAAGCAAGUGUGUCGUCCAGUACUGUGUGUGAGUUCAUGUAGGAUGAAAAUGUAGCCGCAUGCUUGCUAUCUAAUUCCUUGUGAUCCAGAUUUUAAUUUGAUAACAUUUAUCUGCCAUACAUUUAGUUUCAGCACUUAUCUGAAGGCCAAUGUUUGACUUAUUUCUGAAUUUGAUUCCUAUUUCUAAUAUUAUUUUUUUUUUUAAAGAUAUCUUUAAAAUUUGUAAUGUUUGGGAUCGGGGCGGGGGGGGUCUCCAAGUCUAUAAGAUGACUAUUUUCUAUGAACAGAUUUGGCACGGUUUUUUUCUGAAAUAACUCUUUAGAAGAAGAUUGAAUAAUUCUGAGAUCGUAGGUGGAUUGUAGGAGUUGUCAUUUGUGCCAGUACUGACCCAGAUUGAAGUCUGUUGGAUCAUAUCUUUGUAUGAAAUGCAUUUCCAGGGGCCAAAAGAUGAAUAAUCCCAUUCCAGUGAACACAAAAUGACUUGGAAUCCCUUCUUCUCUCUCUCUCUCUUUACCUGGACGUAUUUAUUUUUCACUUCUAUUUAAAUGACCUGAAACCCUUCAAGGCUGUGUCUCUUUUACUGUGUUUAUUAUACAAUAUGUGUAUGUGUAUACAAGAUAAAUGAAUAAGAUAAAACUAAAGCCAUAAAACUCAAGCACUAACUCUUUAGAGCUCAGCUGAGUAGCUAGAGUUUAUUUAUGAAGAAAAAAAAUCUGACAUGUCUUCAUUUUCCUUGGCCAGUGUUUCUCUUUUACAUUCCGUUCAGAGGUCUUUGUUCAUCAAGAGGGCAAAAUCCAUUUUACUGUAUAUGUGAGCAUUGAGAACAGUUGUGAGUUUAGUAGAGUGAGUGUGUCUUUUUCUACUUUCAGAGCUGUUGAUGUCCUUGUUUCAUAGAGGUAGCUGAUUUUCCAGUAUUGUGAUUAGUAAUGUAUAUGCCUUGUUUUGAUAGUAUGAAUAAUAGAUAUAAUAUCACAAUAGGUUCUCAGUAAUACUGCUAAAAUUAUAUAUAAGAGAGUGUGUUCUAUUCUUGGGCUGAGUGCAAUUUAUGAAUCAAACUGGACUACUCUUCAAGUUUCUCUUCUUCCAGUUUAGCAGCAGAAUGUACUUGUGACUAAAUGUACAAUCAAUAACACACUGCUGGUGAUCUGCAGCUCACACUGGUGUUUUUUUGUUGGUUCGUUUAGCGUAAUUCUCAAGCAACAAAACAAUAGAGAUCCAACAAUAUUAAAGCAUAAAGAGAGAAACGUAAUACAGUGGAACCCAGGUUUCAGGCCUGAAUCCCUCCCAUAGAACUAUGCAUAGAGUUAUGGUUUUCACAAACACAUGGCAAAAAGUAUAUUAAAGAAAUACAUUUUAUGUCAUGCACAUGGUAUGAAUUUAAAGAAGCACUUCCAAAUUUGGGGAAAUAAGCUUAUUUUCUUCUUAUUUGCAGAGAGAUGAGGAGAUCAAUAGCCACUCCCAUAUUUGUGGGAUAAAUAAGAAGCUAGGAUUAUGAGAUGGUUAGUUUAGCUGAGCAUAAAGACAAGAACCGAGGGAAAACAGCUAGCCUGGCCAAUCUGUCCAACAAUAACAAAAUCCAGUUUUUCCUGGUCAAAUUUAAGUUUGUAGGGAUUAAACAAAUGAUAUAUAAUGUGAAUUAGGGCGCUUUAGAGGUGCUAGUAGGUAGAUGUUUUUUGGAUAGAGCCAGGCUAGCUGUCACCCCACCUUUGUGCUAAGCUAACUGUCUCCUGCCUCCUUACUGAAAGGACAGAUAAGAGUAGUAUCGAUCUUCUCAUUUAACUCUUGGCAAGAAGGCGAAUAUGACUAUUUCCCAAAAUAUUGAAUUGUUCCUUUAAGUUUACCUCAGUCGCUGGAUUUUCUCUGAAGUAAAAGUUAAACUGCCAUCUAUCUAUCCUGACAACAAUCUUCGAUGUGUUGUGUGACACUGCACAUUGUCUAAUGCAAUAUUAUAUUUAUUCGCUGUCCCAUUAAUGCUAUUGACUGUGACCAAAUGAUGCACUGAGAAUAAUUAAAAUUCCAGGUUUCAGUGCGUUUCUGUAAUACUGCCAGUACCUGAUUACAGUUGCCUGCAUCCGUCAACACUGUUUGAAUCUACAAAGCCAAAAUAACAAUUCACGCAGAGGCAAACAGAAAACAUCAGAUGACGAGGCAAAUGUGAUUACAGGUACAUUUAUAGCACAUUUAAGAGAUUUAUUUAUGGAUUUCCUUUCACUGCCUGGGUCGCCACAGUCACAUGACCACCUAAGUUCUAUGGGGGACAGAAACUGAGAGCUGUGUGUGUUUGUAUAUGUGGGAAAUAUAGAUGAAGUGUUGGCCCUUUAGCAGACACGAUGUGAAAAUACAGCACUAGAAUAUAUUAAUACAAUAUACAGUACAGGUCUGCAUGCAUGGGACACAUUACUCAUUCUUAAAUGUACAUCUUUGUGUGUAUGAUCGUAAUACUCAAACAAUCUUGGUUAUAUUUUAAAUAUGGGGGUUAUUCUGUUCUGUUGAUAGCUGUGUAAAUGUUCAAUACCUUAUGCACAACUGCAUCUGAAACAAUGUGCUGUUUCAGCUGUGCAGAGACAGUUUUAGAGCACCGUUCACACAACUAGUCGUGUUUUUUUAAUUUUUUUUUGAACAAACGCUGGGAUUUAAAAAGGGAAACCAUCCAAAGUUCAAUAGAUCAUUUACCACCUUGUCAAAAUGUGUUGAGAAGCCUCUCAGCGGGUAAAGUCACCACUUUGAAACAUGUUGUCUUGUCUCCUCUAUUACUCACUGUAUUUCUUCUUUGUAUUCUUGUGCACAUAUGUAAUCACUCCUGUCGUUUUUGUUUUUGUGAUGUAUAUUUCUAAUGUAGAAUGUAGGACUGUAUUUGAAUCAACGCCAGAAUCACAUUUGCUUUUUGUUUGUGUCUUUGUCCUGUUUAUGUGUAACCAGCUAUGUACCAUCAGUAUCAUUAAGCUGAAUAGGAAGCAGGCUCGUUGAUUUCCCCUCUGAAUCUGCUUUUGCUGAGCGUAAAGAAUGCCGGCCUUCAUGUUUACAACAUGGACAUACUGUAUACUGCCAAACAUGCAGGACCGUACCAAACUCCCCUUUUGAGCGCUUAGUCCUCCACCUCUCAUCCCUGAUGCAACUGUACUCUCAAGACUCUUUUCUUUUUUCUUUUUCACCUCUUUCUCUUCUUCAUCAUCUUUUAAAGCGUCGGGGACAGUCAGGUUGUGUCCUCUAGCUGUGUUUCUUCGUGUCUAGUGUCGUGGUGCGCGUGUUCAUGUCAGUACUUGUGCCUACUGUGGAUCGCAUGCUUUAGCCCUUGACUGGACACAAACGUUGCUCACAAACUCCUCUUGACCCUUGUGUGGACAAACGUUGGGGAUCCUUAUAAAGUUAUCAAGGGAACCAAAUAACUUAUUACAAAUUUAUCAUAUGUGUUACCAGUUCUGUAAAAAAACAAAUAGGAAAUAAAGGCCUUUUAAUUACCAUGA